AUGUCUGAGUAUUACGCAUAUUCAGCAAGAGAACAGCAACACGGGAGCGCAAAUGACGAUAACCCUGUGGAGCAUAUGCCGGAAUUCGCCAGUGUUAAAAAGUUCCAUGAUUUAGGGCCGCGAUUACUUCGUGAACGAAAACAAGUCCGCCGACUUCAAAUACGCAAGCGUCAAAAAACAUCAGCAAGCGUAACCAGUGACCGGAUGAUGGGCUUUGGUGUUGUAAAAAAAUCACGAAAAACUGCAGCGACCGCACCUUCACUACCGGCCGAAACAAAGGGCGAAGACAGUUUGGCUGUGGUACUGCUUGCUGAGCAAGACCGUGCUGUUCAGGUUUGA